AUAUACGCUGCGUUGCGCGCGAGAGACAAACAACAACUACGUGGGGGCCGAGUAGUAGUAGCAGCAGCGCCAGCAGCUCCUACAGUCGUGUGUGUGUAUAUAGUUGCAGCGCUCGAGAGUCGAGACGAGCUGCACAGCUCGCACAUGUGCUCUCGUAUUAUUGCCUGCCCGGCUGUAUCUGCAUGAGCAGCGCCAGCAGACCACGAGUAGAGUGUGCAGCGCGAAAGAGUUAUUAUUAAAAGGCAGACACUGUGGCCUAUGCAGAAGAGGCUCGACGUGUGCGCGCGCGGGGCCCCUCUUUACGUUCGAAAAGGUGUCAAAACGCGCCGAGAGCUGUCAUCGUCGCGCGCGCGCGCGCCUUGGCGCAGUUUGUUUGUUUCUUGGCUCCGACUCGUACCUACAUGUAAUCGAGCCUCGUGUUAGCUGCAGUCCGCGUCCACCGCACCAGUGCCGCGUGUUUGGUAUUUGUCGCGAUUAGAGGAACGAUACAAUAGCGAUUGUUGCGGCCUGCCGUGUUAUUGUAAUAUCUCUCUGGCCGCAGUAGUCAAAGUACUGCUGUUGCUCGAGUCGCGAGUCGCGAGCCAAGUGCAGCAGCGCCGAGAGCAUAGAUAGCUCGCGAGCUGCGACGCGCGGACACGUGCUCGGAGCGACGCUCCUCCGAUAUUCGGCGGAAAUUACGAACGCGCGCGAGUGCGAGCAACAAGAAAAAGUGCAUGUGUGUGUUUAUUACCUGCUGUUGGUGCAUAUUAUAAAGCGUGCUAAUAAGUGCGGCCCCAUCGUGCGACCGAUGCAACACACGGCCGAGCAGCGGCUACGCGCGCCGGCGUUAAAUAGUCAUCGUCGCGCAAAAUUAGUCAGAGCCUCCGCUACUGCUAUGUGCGAGAGUCGAGAAUAAAGAAGAAGAGGAACGACGACGACGACGACAACAACAACAACAACACACACACACACACACGCUAUACUUGCGCGCUGUGUGUGGCCAACAGCCAGAGAGACGUGCAUGUAAAUAUAGGUAUAUAGCACGCAGCGAGCAACCCGACUACACACUCCGGCUCUUGCACUGCCAAAGGCCUACGUGGUCACAUUGGCGAGAGCCCGUUCGACAGCGGCUCCUGGACAAAGGAUCCGUUUCAGCCAACGGCGCCGGCACCGAGCGUGCUUCCUUGGCAGGCGACGAGCGCACGCGGCCACAGCCGAACGAAUGACGAUGGCAUAAUGGAUCAUGACACGGACGGAGAUGGUGCGAUCAACUUGUCAACGUCCCAAAGACCCUCGGCCUCGACCACCCCAAACGGCGAUAUCACGAGCUUCGGCCAAAAUCAAGUGGAUAACGAUCAGGUGAGGAAUCUUUACUCGGCGUUGAAACGACAGCAGCAGCAACAGCAACAGUGCGAUGCCGGCGUGAGCGCGAGCAAACGCCGCGAGUCGCGCAGCAGCAGUAGCUGCACCAACAACGGGCCCGCCGACAAGGAUCUGAGCAUCGAGUACCAAAGCAAUGGUAAGCUCAGUCCGAAUUUAGGCACUGAGGCAGCAGCUGGCCCCCCGAUGACCCAACAAAAGCAGCCCAGCAUUCAGCAGCAAUCCCAGCAGCCGAGUUCGGGCGCGCCAGGACCACAGCCGAGUCCGCAUCAGAGUCCCCAAGCUCCGCAGCGGGCGUCGCCGCCCGGCCCCUCGCAAGGCCCGCCUGGAGCAGGCCUUACCGGCUCCUCGUCGCAAACCACGAGCCAGAUGAUGCUCAGCCCGGCCCACCAGAUGCAGCAGAUACUCCAACAGCACAUACUUAAUCCGGGCCAGCUGCAGACGCUCGUGCAGCAGCACCAGCUCUACCUGCAGCAGCAACAGCAGCAGCACCAUCAGCAGCAUCAGGAUUCCCCCUCGGAGUCGGCCUCCAAUCCCGAGCGAUUCGGAUACUUUUCCUCCCUCAAGAACCAUCAGCAUCAGAUGAACGAGCUGAGCCGCAAACAACUGGAACAAGCGCUGCAACAGCUGCAAGAGCAGCUCCAGCUCAACCUCAUUCAACAGACGCAUCUGCUACAGACGUCGGACAAGAAGAAGGCCUCGGCGCCGCUGCAGCAGUUGGCGCUCCAGCAGCAGCAGCUGGUCCAACAGUACCACCUGACGCAGCGCCAGUACCUCAUCCAGCAGGGCCUCGGCCUCCAGGGACACAAUCACUCGGCCGGCAUGCCGGCCAACGAGUCGCUGCCAUCCUGGAAGAGCGAGCCGACCGACAGCUCGGAAUCCCAUCCAAACUCCAACGUGUCCAAGUCCAGUUCCGGCCUCAAUGGCCUUCUGAAUUCGCUAGUUUCGAGCCGGCGAGCUUCCGAGAUCAACGGCACGACGCAGCUGGACGAGAAGCCAUCGCAGCAGCAGCAGCAGCAGCAACAGCAGCAACAGCAACAGCAGCAACAGCAGCAACAGGCCCUCGACACGGCUUGCAGCGAAAAGAUGCAGCACCCGCUCUACGGCCACGGGGUCUGCAAGUGGCCCGGCUGCGAGUUCGUCGCGGAAGAUUAUCAAGCAUUCCUCAAACACUUAAAUACCGAACAUACAUUGGACGACAGGUCAACGGCGCAGGCUCGAGUCCAGAUGCAAGUCGUCUCGCAGCUGGAGAUCCAGCUGCAGAAGGAGCGCGACCGGCUCACGGCGAUGAUGCACCAUCUUCACAUGGCCAAACAGAUGGCGUCGCCCGAGCCGCCCAAGUCGUCUGAAUCUUCGAACACACCGAGCAUGCCGAAAAUGCUGAUGAACCAGGCACCGCCGUCGUUCGGCGGCGUCACGCAGGUCUCGCCCGUGUCGAUGUCGGCCCUGGUCAGGUCGCCGGCCGGCGGUCAGCUGCCGCCCGCGGUGUCCGGUGGCGCCGGCCCGGGUCUGCCGCCCGGUCUGCCCAGCAUGGCCAACAUCUCCGGCCUGCCCCCGAUGCCCAACAUGCCCGGCAGCCUGCCCAACAUACCGAGCAUGGCCGGGCCCAUUCGCAGGCGGAUCAGCGACAAGAGCACGCUGUCCUUGGCUGGAGGAAUAUAUGAGGAGAGCACUGUAAGGCGCAGGAUGUUCGGCGAUAAGGCAGGAUUAGAUAUUAAUGAAGAGAUCCAGCGGAAUAGAGAAUUCUACAAAAAUGCAGAUGUCAGGCCGCCCUUCACGUACGCAUCAUUAAUUCGCCAGUCCAUCAUCGAAUCUCCAGACAAGCAAUUGACAUUAAAUGAGAUUUACAACUGGUUCCAAAAUACAUUCUGCUAUUUCCGGCGUAACGCAGCGACGUGGAAGAACGCGAUCCGCACCAAUCUAUCGUUGCACAAGUGUUUUGUGCGCUAUGAGGACGACUUCGGGUCAUUCUGGAUGGUGGACGACGCCGAGUUCGUAAAGCGGCGACAUCUGUCUCGCGGCCGCCCCAGGAAAUAUGACCCAACCCCAUCACCCACUCCACCCCACUCCGCACAAGGUGUACCUUCGAAGAGCCCGACACUCACACACAGUCCAACGAUGUACGGUGACGCUUUGAAUGUCAAUCUUCAGUAUUUUCAGGCCGCACUCGGCGAGUCUAAUAUGGGAUUUUUGAACAAUGCCAUGUGUACGUCGACAGCUGGCAGCCCAGACAAAGAUCACAAUAUGAGCCACAACGAUCUAAUGAACUCCCCGUUAAUGGAUGACUCGAGCAUGCACAUAAAGCGCGAAGGACAGAGUCCCGAAGGCGGCAAACUAUCGAGGUUGAUAAAGAUGGAGGGCCCAGUCGAACACGACCCCGAGGACGAGGCCUGCAUCAACGACGACCGCGAUUAUCCGGAGAGCCAAGGACACGACUCCGGCCCCGACGAGGACAUGGCCGAGGACCUGUCCAUGGCCGCCGAGGUCCAGUUACCCGAUGACGCGUAGUCGCUCGGGGUGGGCGCUGGACAACGCCUCGAUCAAUUGCCGCCCUGGUUUUAAUGCAGACUGGCGGACUUUCUGUCGUUAGUUGUACUCUUUGAUCGGAGCAAUCGACUAAUAAGCGCUCGAUCGCAAACAUUCCUGGCUGAAGCACAAAUAAAUGUUUAAGAGAAAAAAAAAUUUUCAACACACGCACGGGGCACGGCACUAUCGGCUGAUUUGCAGAAAGACUAACGAAAAAAUCCAAGAUUCAGAUUUGUUUCUGCAGGUUACGUUGUACAUGAUCAGCCACUAAAGACGAUCGCCAGGACUCGAUGA